AUGUGUCUCUACGUUCUUCUGGUUAGAUUUGACAAUGGCGUUGGAAUUCCGCGUCUGCCGCGAAGUACACCUCCCAACCUCACCCGUAAACACUCUACCGUCCAUCGAGCAAUGGCUACCGAACUGUCGAUUUUCAUUCACCCUUCUAUGCCUGCCGAACCAACCCCCCAGUCCUCAGUAAAUGCUACCUGCAUCCUCGGGCCCGAAGGCAGUGAUCAAAACUCGCAGCAUGAAAAAAGAAAAAAAACAUUACUAAAUGGUUCAGACACCUUUUUGGGGAUUGGAGCUCAGUUUAUCAAUGGGGAUGGUAGAAAGGGGAAUGGGAGGUUGGUUAUGGAAAAUGUCACUGAGGGGUUGGAGUUGGGUGUGGAGGAGUUAGAGAGGAUCAUCGCGCCUCGAGGGAAAUUGGCGGGUAGUAGUGAUGGGGAGUCCGUGAUGGGAUUUGGAUGGGGAGAUGAGAAGUCUGAGUGGAGUGGCAGGAGAUUGAUAGGCUUUUUAUGGAAUAUUGGAUCACUCGUACAACUUCCAAGCAGCUAA